AUGGUAUCCGUAUCAAAAUAUCGAGGCUCACUCUCUGAGGCAUUCCUAGAGUGCGUACCACUCUCCGAGGGUCUCUUAGAGUGCGUACCACUCUCCGAGGGUCACCUAGAGUGCGUACCACUCUUCGAGGGUCACCUAGAGUGCGUACCACUCUCCGAGGGUCACCUAGAGUGCGUACCACUCUCCGAGGGUCACCUAGAGUGCGUACCACUCUCCGAGGGUCUCCUAGAGUGCGUACCACUCUCCGAGGGUCACCUAGAGUGCGUACCACUCUCCGAGGGUCACCUAGAGUGCGUACCACUCUCCGAGGGUCACCUAGAGUGCGUACCACUCUCCGAGGGUCACCUAGAGUGCGUACCACUCUCCGAGGGUCACCUAGAGUGCGUACCACUCUCCGAGGGUCACCUAGAGUGCGUACCACUCUCCGAGGGUCACCUAGAGUGCGUACCACUCUCCGAGGGUCUCCUAGAGUUCGUACCACUCUCCGAGGGUCUCCUAGAAUUCGUACCACUCUCCGAGGGUCUCCUAGAGUUCGUACCACUCUCCAAGGGUCACCUAGAGUUCGUACCACUCUCCAAGGGUCUCCUAGAGUGCGUACCACUCUCCAAGGGUCACCUAGAGUUCGUACCACUCUCCGAGGGUCUCCUAGAGUGCGUACCAGUCUCCCAGUGGGACCUAUACUUAUGUCGUAUAAGGCUUCUCAUUACCGGCCUGGAGCCGAACUAG